GAUGUUCCUAAAUAGUUCCUGGCAAAGGAGGUUGCCGUAGAGGGUCCUACAAGUAACCUAGGUGGCAGCAUCUCCUCCCAGCGUCAGGUCUAAGCACACAAGUUCUUCCUUCCAUCUACAAACGCAGGAAACCGCGACUGGAGAAGUUAUAUGAUUGGCUAAACCAUGAUAACGCAACACAACCCACGCCCACUGAGAAUCGUCCUUUCCCAGACUGGCUCAGAUUCCGCUUUCCGAUUGGUCCCUACAGCAAGAGGGCAAGGACAAUUGCUUAAGUUGACCUCUGGGUCCGGAAUCGCGGGCAAAGAUGGCGGCGGCCAGGUGUUGGAGGCCUUUGCUACGCGGUCCGAGGCUUUCGUUGCACACCGCGGCUAAUGCCGCCGCCACGGCUACAGAAACGACCUGCCAAGACGUCGCGGCAACCCCCGUCGCGCGGUACCCGCCGAUUGUGGCCUCCAUGACAGCCGACAGCAAGGCGGCACGGCUGCGGCGGAUCGAACGCUGGCAGGCGACGGUGCACGCUGCGGAGUCGGUAGACGAGAAGCUGCGAAUCCUCACCAAGAUGCAGUUUAUGAAGUACAUGGUUUACCCGCAGACCUUCGCGCUGAAUGCCGACCGCUGGUACCAGUACUUCACCAAGACCGUGUUCCUGUCGGGUCUGCCGCCGCCCCCAGCGGAGCCCGAGCCCGAACCCGAACCUGAACCUGCGCUGGACCUCGCGGCGCUGCGUGCGGUCGCCUGCGACUGCCUGCUGCAGGAGCACUUCUACCUGCGGCGCAGGCGGCGUGUGCACCGUUACGAGGAGAGCGAGGUCAUAUCUUUGCCCUUCCUGGAUCAGCUGGUGUCAACCCUUGUGGGCCUCCUCAGCCCACACAACCCGGCCCUGGCCGCUGCCGCCCUCGAUUAUAGAUGCCCAGUUCAUUUUUACUGGGUGCGUGGUGAAGAAAUUAUUCCUCGUGGUCAUCGAAGAGGUCGAAUUGAUGACUUGCGAUACCAGAUAGAUGAUAAACCAAACAACCAGAUUCGAAUAUCCAAGCAACUCGCAGAGUUUGUGCCAUUGGAUUAUUCUGUUCCUAUAGAAAUCCCCACUAUAAAAUGUAAACCAGACAAACUUCCAUUAUUCAAACGGCAGUAUGAAAACCACAUAUUUGUUGGCUCAAAAACUGCAGAUCCUUGCUGUUACGGUCACACCCAGUUUCAUCUGUUACCUGACAAAUUAAGAAGGGAAAGGCUUUUGAGACAAAACUGUGCUGAUCAGAUAGAAGUUGUUUUUAGAGCUAAUGCUAUUGCAAGCCUUUUUGCUUGGACUGGAGCACAAGCUAUGUAUCAAGGAUUCUGGAGUGAAGCAGAUGUUACUCGACCUUUUGUCUCCCAGGCUGUGAUCACAGAUGGAAAAUACUUUUCCUUUUUCUGCUACCAGCUAAAUACUUUGGCACUGACUACACAAGCUGAUCAAAAUAACCCUCGUAAAAAUAUAUGUUGGGGUACACAAAGUAAGCCUCUUUAUGAAACAAUUGAGGAUAAUGAUGUGAAAGGUUUUAAUGAUGAUGUUCUACUUCAGAUAGUUCACUUUCUACUGAAUAAACCAAAAGAAGAAAAAUCACAGCUGUUGGAAAACUGAAAAAGCAUAUUUGAUUGAGAACUGUGGGAAUAUUUAAAUUUUACUGAAGGAACAAUAAUGAUGAGAUUUGUAACUGUCAACUAUUAAAUACAUUGAUUUUUGAGACAAAUAUUUCUUAUGUCAGCCUGUUAUUAGAUCUCUUACUCUGCUCAAAUUCAUCACUGAAAGAUUUAAUUUUAGUUACCUUUUGUUGAUUUAAAAAUAAUUGCAUUUGUAUAUUGCUAACUGAUAAGACAAAUUGAGUUAUUGAGCUAUUAAAUGCACAUUUUAAUAUAAAUGCAGAAAUCCCAAAUAAAAUGCUAACAUACUGAAUUCAGUAAUUAAAAGAACCCACUGCAGCUGGGUGCAAUGGCUCAUGCCUGUAAUCGCAACACUUUGGGAGGCCAAGGUGGGUGGAUCGCUUGAGUCCAGGAGUUUGAGACCAGCCUGGGCAACAUGACAAAACCCCAUCUCUAGUAAAAAUACAAAAAUUAGCCUGUCCUGGUGGUGCAUGCCUGUAAUCCCAGCUACUCCGGAGGCUGGGGCACAAGAAUCACUGGAACCCGGGAGGCAGAGUUUGCAGUGAACGUAGAUUGUGCCACUGCACUCCAGCCUGGGUGACAGAGCAAGACUCUUGUCUCAAAACAAAGAGAAGAAUCCACUACAGCAGGGUAGAACUAAUCCAUUCAGUAAUGGACUAAUGUUAGGAAGUAAUGCUAAUACAGAACAUUAGUUGUUCAGAGGAGAAAAAUAAGGCUUUGAUAGAAUUCUCAAUCUUGGUUUUAAAAGAAAAGAAAAGGUAGAUAUUAAUAGGACAGUAUAAUGGUGAAACGUAAGGGAUAACCCCAUUGAAAUCAAAUUAAGCUUUGAACUUUAUAUGCUUUAUUUGCUAAUCCAUUCCAAGUGCCUAGAUUCAUAGAAGUAAGAAAUCAAUAAAUGUUUGUUGAAUGGAUGUGAAUUAAUGAAUUUAAGGUAGUCAACCUUUUUAGUUUGAGAUCUAGUAUAUCUUCUUAUUUAUUUACUUUUUUUUUUUUUUUGAAACAGUUUUUGCUCUUGUUGCCCAGGCUAGAGUGCAAUGGCACAGUCUCAGCUCACUAUGACCUCCACCUCCUGGGUUCAAGCGAUUCUCCUGCCUCAGCCUCCUAAGUAGCUGAGAUUAAUUACAGGCAUGCACCACCAUGCCCGGCUAAUUUUUUGUUUUUAAUAGAGACGGGGUUUUGCCAUGUUGGUUAGGCUGGUCUCGAACUCCUGACCUCAGGUGAUCCACCCACCUCGGCCUCCCAAAGUGUUGGGAUUACAGGUGUGAGCCACUGCACCCGGCCUAUUUACAUCUUUUAUUUCUUAGCAACGUUUAGAGUUUCUUUUAUCUCCAUGCAUUUGCUAUGUAUGCCUACAUUUUUGUGUAAUUGGAAAUGGACUUUCUUUCCAAUUAUAUACUUCUUUAUAGUUUUUAAAAGUGGCUUUAUAUAGGUGAUACUGAUAGCUGUAUAUUUAUCUUGUAAAAGACCAAUUUAAGUUGUUCAUUAAAGCCAAUAAUUUGUCAGCUGAUUCUCAUGAGGUGUAUAUAACCAAUCUGAUUUGCGCUCUUCUGAAACUGCUUAUCAAAUAGAUGGCCAUUAGCCUCUAAAUGGCAAAAUCCACUGGACAGUUUUCUGUAUUGUACUCAGUAAGGUCUGACAUAUUUUGCAUGUUUGACCACUCCUUCAUUUUUAAAAUAGUUUUUGUAUUGCCUUCAGUGAAACAUGCUCUUGGUUUUCCUCCUAUCUCAUUUGCUGUUCUGUCAUAUUUCUGUUUGCUGUUCUUCCUCUCACUUUUCUUCAAAUAUUGGUGUACUUUUUUUCUUUUCUAGACUCCGUUUUUGUUUAACCACACUCUCCCUAGAUGAUUUUAUCAAAUUCCAUGGAUUUAAAUAUAUUUGUAAGCACAUUCAAAAUUAGUUUGAUUUCAACUUUGUGUUUUGUAUCUGAAUGAUAAGCAUCAGCAUUAUAACUAAACAGACUGUGUGGUUAAGAUUAUGGACAAUUUUUCCCUCUAGUUAUCUAAUUUUCAUAAUUACCCCCAGAACGUGAGAACAUUAUUUUUAUGAUCAGAAAGUAUUUUAAGAAACUAGUUGAGUGGACUCUAAUAUGGAACCAUCAACAUGUAUCAAAUUCCACUUAAUUAUAAGCAAAUUCAUUAUGAAAUUAUAUUUAAAAAGGCAUUUCAUGAUUACAUUUGUUAUUUAAGAAAAUGUUAUUUAAAGAAAUUUACAUAAGUUUCAUUAUACAUGUAUUUUAGCUUACUCAUUCUGGAAAUGGAAAACUUAGAUACUAGGCAAGAGGGCUUUAGAUUUUUUUUAUGAGAUAUUUUAAUAGACCAGUACUUAGGUCUUAAUAUUUGUGUUUUUCAAAACUUUAUGUUAAAAUCCUAACCCCCAUGACUAUAGUAUUAGGAGAUAGGGCCUUUUGGAAGGUGACUGGAGAGGGGCAGCACCUUCAGGAAUAGAAUUAAUGCCCUUAUAAAAUAGACCCAAGGGAACUUUUUCAUCCCUUACACCCUGUGAGAACGUGAUGAGAAGGCACCAUCUAUGAGCCAGAGAAUAGAUCCUCACCACACACUGAAUCUGCUGGUGCCUUGAUCUUGGGCUUUCUAGCCUCCAGAACUGUGAGAAACAAAUUUCUGCUGUUUAUAAGCUGUCCAGUUAAUGGAAUUUUGUUAUUGUAGCCCAAAUGUACUAAGACAACAACCAAUAUAGUUAAAAUUACUAUGCAUGUUCUUCUUUAUAUUAAGUUCUAGUGUACGUUGUAUAAUGCUUACAUCAAAUAAAAGGUAAGGUUAAUUUACAUAAAACAUGUUUAGGUAGGAUAAUUGUAAAAAUUAUUUAUUAGAGAAAUUGGUAAAAUUGUGGCUUUGCGUAGAGGCAGGAGAAAGAAAAGAGCAAGGCACUAGUGAGAAAAAUUGCUAUGGAGAAUAUUGAGAAUAGAUACAAGGAGACCUACAGGUUUACAACAUUAAUAUUGGCCAAUACUUGAUUGGACAGUUUAAAUUUUUCAACCUGAAAGGCCUUUGUGCCCCAAAGUUUGGUAAGGAGAUUUUGUAAAAACAAACAACAAUAGCAAUAAAAAAUCAGGGAAGAUUAAGAGAUUUCAUAAGGAGCAAGAGUUUAUAGGUAAUACUUAAAAGGUAUAGGUAUGAUUACUAUUUUGGUGAAUAAUAGGCACAUGGUAGACUGAAAUUCGGCAACAGUUACUGUGCAGAUAAGCAUAUCUGUGAUUAUGGCUUAUAUCGGGUUGGGGACCCCUGUUGUAAGCCAUUCUUUUUAGUACAGGUUAAGCUCCAUUUCUCAAUCACAGUUCUGUUCUUUUCAUCUGUGGGAAAUAAUGAAUUCUGUUUCAGA